CGAAAUAUCUCGCAUCCGGAAACUUCCGGUUCGAGAGAUAACUCUGUUUGGUUUCAGGAAGGAAAAUAAAAAUAUUGAGAAGGAAAAGGACUUGAAACAAUGAAGCCUGCAAUUGUUGCCGAUGAGAUGUUCCCCGAGGGUGCUGGUCCUUAUAUGGACAUAGAAGAGGCUGGUGGUUCUAGUGCUCUAUUAAUGGACUUGGCUGCUAAUGAAAAAUCUGUCCAUUCUGAUUUCUUUAAUGAUUUUGAAGACCUGUUUGAUGAUGAAGAUUUAAAUUGAGGUGUAGUAAUAAGUAGAAGCUAUGUAUAUAUAUUUUAAGAAGGGUGAAAACUCUGAAAGAUGCCAUGAAAAACUCUUUAAAUCAAGGGACAUAACUCUUCAGGGACUGUACAUUAUAUUAACUGUAUGUAACUGUGUCCUAGCUAGAUUUUUGUAAUAAAUAAUGUUAAUAAAUGUGGUUUUUAAUA